UAAGCAGAAGAGAGUGUUCGAGGAGAACACGGGCCACACGGAGCCAGAAUUAAGGCAAGAAUUGUGGACCCUCCUAGAGGGGUAUCGGGAUGCCUGGGAGCAUCCGAAGGCCGCACAAGUGCGCUAUGAGGCCAAGUUCGAGGUCACAGGGAAACCGCACAAGGCCAGGGUCAGGCAUUACGAGCCGGAGAUGCGACGCGAGCUGGAGAGCCAGGUAAAGAGGCGGCUGGAGCUUGGCGUCAUAAGACCGCCCAAAAGCGACUGGGUGGCAGCACCACACUUCGUCAAGAAAAAGACUGGAGAGUGGAGGUGCGCACCAGACUACCGGAAACUGAACGAAUCGAUGGUAUCCGACUCCCACCCACUGCCGAGGAUCUGGGAUCACCUGCGGAGGGCGGCAGGACGUAAAUACUACGUAAUGUUGGACAUGAAUUCGGGCUUCUGGAACGUGCCUAUCGAGAAGGGGU